CCAUGCCAACAGCAGGGAGAUGGAUUUGGGCAGAUUGUAAUUAAUUCUGGGGCAAAAGAUGGAGGAAUUGGAGUGAGAGGGUGCAGGGCUGCCAGCCCGACCGGAGCCAUCCCCACAGGUGCCAGCAGUGGGGUGACCAAGAGCAUGUCCCAUCCGGGUGUGAUGCUGAGCUGGGAGGACUUACAGAUGCAGGGGACACAGAGGACAUGCCAGACACCAUGUGUCACACAGAGGGCUUGACCAUCGUGUGCCAGCAGGAUGAGAAGGCACAGGGGAGGGCACGGCAGAGGGGUGAGGACUGUCCCCCUUUGCAGGGGGUGGGGGGACACUGUGCCCAUCAACAGCAUCGCCAAGGGGAUGCAGGGCACGGGCAGCACCACCGAUGGGGCAGCACGGUGGCCGAGGGGUUGUCAGGGCGCGGGCACCAUCCCCACCUCGGGGGCCCCGGGCAGGGCAGCAGUUCCGUGGAGAGUUUCCUUCCUCCUGCCCCAGCCCGCGCCCCGGCAGCCGCCCCAAGCACGGCUGCAAGCGCCUCUCAUGUGACCGCCGGCUUCCUGUGCGCUCCCGGCUCGGUGCCGGUGCCGCGGGACGGGACGGGACGUGCCGAGGUGCUGCCGAGCGCUGUGCCCUCCGGCCCCGGUGCCAUGCUGCGCCGCAAGCCCUCCAACGCCGGGGACAAGGAGCCAGGACACAGGAAGCUUUCCCUCCAGCGCUCCAGCAGCUUCAAGGACUUUGCCAAGUCCAAGGUCAGCUCCCCUGUGCCGAGCGAGAAGGAGUUCAACCUGGAGGAGAACAUCCCUGAGAAUGAUCCCAGCAGUGCCAGCCCUGAGGAUGCCCCACGGAGCAGUGGGACGAAGCUGGGCAGGAAGUGGCGGGCGGUCAUCUCCCGCACCAUGAACCGCAAGAUGGGCAGGAUGGCCGUGAAGGCGCUGGCCGAGGGGAAGCAGGGAGAGGUGGAGGAGGAGGGGUCCCCGUGCCCACUGUCCCCAGCCGGCAGUGCGGAGGAGUGGAGCCAUGACAAGGGGCCCCUGUCGUCCCUGGAGCUGGAGGAGGAGGAGGAGGAUGGGCGCCCACCCCUCAGCCGCCAAAUGUCCAGCGGCAGCGACAUUCCCAGCCCCGGUGGCCCCCGGGACAGCCUGCGGCUGGAGGAGAGUGUCCCAGCCUACACUGGCCCCUUCUGCGGCCGGGCCCGCGUCCACACCGACUUCACCCCCAGCCCCUACGACAAGGACUCGCUGAAGCUGCGGAAAGGGGACAUCAUCGGCAUCAUCGAGAAGCCACCUGUGGGCACCUGGACCGGACUGCUCAACAACAGGGUGGGUUCCUUCAAGUUCAUCUACGUGGAUGUGAUCCCUGAGGAGACAGUCCCUGCCCGCAGGAGCCGGGGCUCCAGCCGGAGCAAGCGCCUCAAGCCCAAGACCCUCCAUGAGCUGCUGGAGCGCAUCAACCUGCAGGAACACAUCCCCACCCUCCUGCUGAACGGGUACCAGACCCUGGAGGACUUCAAGGAGCUGAAGGAGACCCACCUGAAUGAGCUGCACAUCACAGACCCCCAGCACCGCGCCAAGCUGCUGACGGCCGCCGAGCUCCUCCUGGACUACGACACAGCCAGUGAGCCGGAGGACGGUGACAGCUCUGAAACCCUGCCAUCACCCUCGGAGCCCAAAGGGGACAUUCCCCGGGACUCAGGCUGCUUCGAGGGAUCAGAAACCCUGGAUGGCAGCCGGGAGGAGGCUGAGCUGGGGGGUCCUGAGGAGCAGCUGGGGGCUCUCUCCAUGGCACAGUCCCCCUGAGCCCACUGGCACUGCUGCUUCCCACUCUGGCCCUGGCAGCGGGGACAGACUGGAGGGGACAGCUGCUGGCAGGGGACAGGGGAGCCCCAGUGGUGUGACCUCAGGGCCCAGCUCGGCCCCAGCACCACAGGCAGGUGCUGUACCCCCAGGACAUUUUGCAUGGUGCUGCCUGGCACUGCUGCCCCAACGUGGGGGCUCUGGGCACCCCAGGGCACCGCGCUCCAGGCAUGGGCUGCUCUCAAGGGAGCUGGGGACAGAAGCCAUGCCUGCAGGCAAACAAAGCCUUCACUGUCACUGCUCAGCAUGGGCACACAGAGACACCCCCUCAACUCGCCAGGGGGGAAGCAGGAUGCAAAUAAUGCAGCUAAGACACUCUGGAAGUGUGAGAUGGAGAGGCUGGAAAGGUACAGGGAAGGGGGAAGAGGCAGCUGGCUUGGGGCAGCACAGACACACAGGGCUACAGCUCAGCCAUUUUCAAACCAAUUAAUUUUCCUUCAUUGUUUUAAAAUUAAAAAAUAAUAAUAAUUAAAAAAAAAAAAAAAAAAGAACCCUCACCCGACCCCCCCUUCCUUCUGGAGACCCCAACCAACCAGCACAGGCAGGCCCCACUGGUAGGCAGUCCAGGCAGGCAGCACCCCACACACUGCAUGGAACGGGGAGCAGCAGAGCCAAAAAAUACACUUUUCCACACCGAAUCUGAGAUUUGGUCAGUAGCAUGUUGGGGCGGCUCCCACGGCCGGCGGGGUGCUCGGGGCCAGGAGCAGGACCCCUGUC